AUGCGUUACUUAUUCCUAUCCACGAUAUUCAGUGUAGUUUUCGCAUACGAAAAGGAUAUGACUUUUACUAUACAGGCGGGAAAAAUGGAAUGCUUUUAUCAAAAAGUUGCUGUGGCCGAAGUUAUCGACGUGGAAUACCAAGUCAUCGAUGCUUCUCACGGAGAGCUGGACAUAUCUUUCCAGCUAGUGGACCCUAUGGGACGUGGUAUUGUAACCGAUUAUAAGAAGUCCGAUAAUUCACACAGACAUACAUCUACAUUGGAAGGGGACUACAGAUUCUGUUUCGACAACACUUUCAGUACAUUCAGCGAGAAAACGGUUUUCUUCGAUUUGCUGAUAGAAAAUGACGAGCCCCACCUCAAUGAUUACGAUGAGGAGAAGGAAUUGGAACUUGGUAAUUCAGCGGAGUCCUACAUGAUGCGCGUCAAGGAUGUGUUGGAGUCUGUGUACAGGAUCCGCGAACAAGUAUCUACUGCAAGGAGGCUGCAGGAACUGCUAUCAGCUCAUGAAGCCAGGGAUAGGAACCUCGCUGAGGAUAUGUGUGACAGAGUCAUGAAGUGGUCGCUGGGCCAGAUGAUUUUAAUGCUGAUAGUUGGGAUCACUCAGGUCUAUUUCCUGAAGAGUCUGUUUGAAGAUCCGAGCAGUCGUGGCUUUAAGAAGUUAGUGCCGAAUUUCAUGGCUCAAGAUUAG